AUGGCCAGCAAGGAUACAAAAGAGGAUAAGGAUGCGCUCGAUGCGCUCGAGGCUGAAGCCAAGGAGUUUGAUAAGGAUGCUGAGAUAGACCGAAUUCUAAAGGCAUUUCGCCUUGAUGCAUAUGCCGUACUAGAUCUCCAGCCUGGUGUCCCCGAAUCAGACAUCAAGAUGGCCUACCGCAAGAAGUCACUCCUCAUCCAUCCUGACAAGACCAAGAACCCUCUGGCGCCCGACGCCUUCGAUCGGUUGAAAAAGGCGCAGACGGAGCUGAUGGACGAGAAGCACCGCGAACGGCUAGAUGAGGCCAUCGCCGACGCGCGCAUGCUGUUGAUGCGCGAGAACAAGUGGACAGUGGACAGUGAAGAACUCAAGACAGAUGACUUCAAAAAGAUGUGGCGCAACAAGGCCCGCGAGGUGCUCGUCGACAACGAGCACCGCCGCCGCCGUCAGAUGAAGGCUCAGCUGCAGGAGGAGGGUCGCGAACAGCGCCGUGUCGACGCCGAGACGGACGAGCGCAAACGUAAGCGCCAACACGAGCAGGACUGGGAAGCCACCAGGGACGUGCGCAUCAGCAGCUGGCGGCAAUUUCAGAAGGGCAAGUCGGGCGAAUCCGACAAGAAGAAGAAGAAGAAGCUCAAGCCUAUUGGUUGA